AUGCGCCGUGAUCACCAUCGUUCAAGCAAUGGCGGAAGCUCGGACAUGCAUCGCGGCAUGUCUGGCAUGGGCGGCGGUAAUCAGCGUGGUCCCAUGUCAGGCAUGGGCGGUGGAUACCGUGGGGCUGGAAGCUUCACGGGUAUGGCCUUUUCCGAGUCCGAACUGAUGGGCGAUUUACCUAAGAAGAAGUUCACUGGGCGUUGCCGACUUUUUGUUGGUAACCUUCCCAAUGAGGUGAAGGAAGCUGAGCUCAAAGAACUGUUCUCACCGCAUGGCGACAUUUCGGAGUGCUACCUCAGCGGAAAAGGUUUCGCUUUCCUAAGAAUGGAUACCCGUGCUCAUGCCGAAAGCGCAAAGGAAGUCAUCGACGGUCGUGUCAUUCACGGUCGUCAAGUCCGUGUGCGUUUCGCUGUUCACGGCGCCGCUCUUAGAGUAAAAGAGCUCUCACCGACCGUAUCAAAUGAAAUGUUGUACCAUGCAUUCUCUCACUUUGGCGAUGUGGAGCGUGCAGUGCAUAUUGUCGACGAGAAGGGUCGCCCAACCGGUGAGGGCAUUGUCGAGUUUGAACGGAAGCCUUCCUGCAACGAGGCCAUUGCCGCUAUAAGGGAUAAAGUCUUCUUGAUGACAGCGAGCCCCAAACCUCUUGUCGUCGAGGUUCUCGAGCCGAGAGAUGAGGACGACGGACUUGCAGAGAGAAUGAUACCUAGAACUUCUCAACUUAUUAAGGAGCGUGAAUUUGGUCCUCGUUUUCCCGCUCGUAACACUUUCGAAUUUGUGUACGGUAUGAAGUGGAAGGAGCUGUAUGAAAUCGAGAAACAGCGUAGAGCACAGCUGGAAGAUGAGCUGAGAGAGGCACGUCGUCGACUCGAAGCUGACAUGGAGCUAGCUUAUCAGGACUACCAAGCUCAAAUGCUUCGAGAGGGUUAG